CCGUCAGCUGUCAGAAAGAGAGUGUUGCUUCCGUAUCAAAACAACAUAACAACAUUCCGCGUAACAGCUGAAUUUUUUUCCGCUCAGUUCAGUGAAAGUUUCAAACUAAAUUGGAUUUAGAGGUUCACUGACGUCGUGUUAUUCAGAAGAGAAAAGCUUUCAAAAUUGAGAACAACAAGAGCAAACCGGGCGCAGGAAAAUCUUCCAAGCAGAACAAAAACCUAAACCAGGUUAGCGCCAUGAAGCCCACCGUCGUAGCGGAUGAAAUGUUCCCGGAGGGACCGGGUCCAUUCAUGGAUCUGGAAGAGGCUGGUGGAUCCACUGGAUUGCUGAUGGAUUUGGCUGCAAAUGAGAAGGAUGUUCAUGCAGACUUUUUUAAUGAUUUCGAAGAUCUUUUCGAUGAGGAUGAAGAUAAUCUAGUGUAGAAAGAAUAAUGUGAAAGAAAAUUGAUUUUCAAUAAAAGAUAAUUUCAUCCUAUGCAGUA